AUGCAAUACCCUACCUUUGGCCACUUCCUCUUGGCGAGCAUCCUGGCCGUCCAGGGUGCUCACUCCUUCUCCCUCGUACCAACGGGAGGGGUUGCCAGACGCUAUGUAGCCCCCGCUGUGGCACUUGCCAUGCCUGUACUGGCUGCGCCGCAGGCUGCCAACAUCGAGGCCCGUGAGCCUCACCACCGUGGCAAGAAAACCAAGGCCAAGAAGGCCAAGGCCAACAACAACAACAAGCGUGAUGAGCUUGCUGUUGAAGACGAUGAGGACGUCGAUCUUGAGACCCGCAAUAUCGAGGCUCGUCACCACCGCGGCAAGAAGACCAAGGCCAAGAAGGCCAAAGCCAACAACAACAACAAGCGUGAUGAGCUUGCUGUUGAGGACGAUGAGGACGUCGAUCUUGAGACCCGCAAUAUCGAGGCUCGUCACCACCGCGGCAAGAAGACCAAGGCCAAGAAGGCCAAAGCCAACAACAACAACAAGCGUGAUGAGCUUGCUGUUGAAGACGAUGAGGACGUCGAUCUUGAGACCCGCAAUAUCGAGGCCCGCGAGCCUCACCACCGCGGCAAGAAGACGAAGGCUAAGAAGGCCAAGGCUAACAACAACAACAAGCGUGAUGAGCUUGCUGUUGAAGACGAUGAGGACGUCGAUCUUGAGACCCGCAAUAUCGAGGCCCGCGAGCCUCACCACCGCGGCAAGAAGACGAAGGCUAAGAAGGCCAAGGCUAACAACAACAACAAGCGCAAUGAGCUCGCUGUUGAAGACGAUGAGGACGUCGAUCUUGAGACCCGCAAUAUCGAGGCCCGCGAGCCUCACCACCGCGGCAAGAAGACGAAGGCUAAGAAGGCCAAGGCUAACAAUAACAACAAGCGUGAUGAGCUUGCUGUUGAAGACGAUGAGGACGUCGAUCUUGAGACCCGCAAUAUCGAGGCCCGCGAGCCUCACCACCGCGGCAAGAAGACGAAGGCUAAGAAGGCCAAGGCUAACAACAACAACAAGCGCAAUGAGCUCGCUGUUGAAGACGAUGAGGACGUCGAUCUUGAGACCCGCAAUAUCGAGGCCCGCGAGCCUCACCACCGCGGCAAGAAGACGAAGGCCAAGAAGGCCAAGGCCAACAACAACAACAAGCGUGACGAGCUCGCCGACGACGAGGAUCUGGAGGCUCGUGCUUUCACCGCCUAA